GCGCGGCCCUCCCGGUACUUCCGGUGCGGCCCUCCCGGUGCUGCCGGUCCCGCCAUGGCCGAGGCCGCCGGGACCCCGCCGGACACCGACGGCGAUGAUUGUCUCCGGGAGUACCGGCACCUCUUCAGCCCAGACAUCCUGGCGGGACGAGUGGCCUUCAUCACCGGCGGCGGCUCCGGCAUCGGCUUCCGCAUCGCCGAGAUCUUCAUGAGGCACGGCUGCCGGACAGUCAUUGCCAGCAGGAACCUGCAGCGAGUGGCAGAGGCCUCUAAAAAGCUGGUGGCAGCCACAGGGCAGCAGUGCCUGCCUCUCUGCCUGGACGUCCGGCAGCCCCAGACCAUCGUGGCAGCAGUGGAUGAGGCACUGAAAGAGUUUGAACAGAUCAACAUCCUGGUGAACAAUGCUGCAGGGAACUUCCUGUGCCCAGCCAGCUCCCUGUCCUUCAAUGCCUUCAAGACAGUGAUAGAUAUUGACACCAUUGGCACCUUCAACACCUCCAAAGUCCUUUUUGAGAAAUAUUUCCGGGACCAUGGUGGGGUCAUUGUGAACAUCACAGCAACCCUGAGCUACCGAGGACAGGCCCUCCAGGUGCAUGCUGGUUCUGCUAAGGCUGCCAUAGAUGCCAUGACCCGUCACCUGGCUGUGGAGUGGGGACCCAACCAGAUCCGGGUGAACAGCUUGGCCCCAGGCCCCAUUAUGGGCACCGAGGGCUACCGAAGGCUGGGUGGGAAGUUUGCCAAGGAAGCAAACCUGCUGGACACGAUCCCCCUCCAGCGCGCGGGGAACAAGACGGAGAUCGCGCACAGCGCCCUGUUCCUGGCCAGCCCCCUCUCCUCCUACGUGACAGGCACCACCCUGGUGGUGGAUGGUGGGAGCUGGCUGACCUCUGCCAACAACUUCCCUGCCUUGCUGGGUAUUGCUUCACCCUCUGCUAAACUCUAGAUUUCUGGGCUGCAGGAGCAAACCAAACCCAAUGAUGGACAGUCCGGGAUGGAGCGACGGACAAAACGGGACCCAGCACUGCUGCUCUGGGACACCUCGGGGUGACACCUCUGGGAGCUGAUAACUGCUGCUCUGGGACCAGCAGGGGGGCUGGUGACACUGCUGAUCCUGCCUGUGCCCGAGGGGGGCAGCCAGCCCACCCCUCCUCCCAGGCCAUCACUUUCUUUGGAGCUGUGAGCACAGGGACAGCACAGGCCCUGAUGGUCACUGUCCAUUUGUGUCUCCCUCCAAGUUGCUCUCCUGGCUUUUCCUCAAUCCCAAGGCAGUGCUGCUUGUGGAUAUCUGUCCUCCUCUCCCCCUGCCCAAACCUGAGAGCUGGCCAGGACCCCCUCCAGUAGCUCCUUUUUGGGAGGGGGGGAGUUGCUCAGCCCAGCUGAGGUUGAGGUUAGCCUUGACAGCAGGAGCUGGCAGCUCUUGGAGGGGAACCAAGGACCAAGCUGGUCCCUGGCAGGGGGAAAUGACCCCAUUCCCUCUGGAGGCUCCUUGAUGGGGCUGCAAUCCUCUCAGGGGGCAGCUGGGAUGUCCCUGUCCCAGGAGCAGAGGUGGUGUGAGGUCAAAGCUGACCAGAGCUGGCCCGUCUGUCCUGCCAGCCUUGGGCUGUCUCCUUUCUACAGACACUACAGCUGAGGGAAAAUCAGGGGCUCAGUAAAAAUCCAUCCUUUCCCAGCAGAGUUCCACUUGGGGACACACUGCUCACCUGCAGCAGCCUCCUGCUGCUGAGGGCAGUUUUUGAAGCCUGAAUUCCAUUGAGCUUGUUUUCCUACGUGAUUGCCUUUCCCACUUGAUUAUGGACUUGCCAGGUUUUGCUCCUUCCUCCAGGCCAGGAAUAAAGAACUUCCACCCUGA